AUGCAUAACAAGGUUGUGAUUAUCGGCUCCGGGCCCGCCGCCCACACGGCCGCUGUCUACCUGGCCCGCGCCAACCUCAAGCCCGUGCUGUUCGAGGGUAUGAUGGCGAACGGCAUUGCGGCUGGUGGCCAGUUGACCACGACCAGCGAUGUCGAGAACUUCCCUGGUUUCCCCGAUGGAAUCCUCGGCCAGGAGCUGAUGGAUCGCAUGCGCAAGCAGUCAGAGAGGUUCGGCACGGAGAUCAUCACCGACACCGUCAGCAGCCUCGACCUCUCCUCGCGACCCUUCAAGUUCACCACCGAGUGGAGCCCCGAGGAGACCCGCACCGCCGACGCAGUCAUCAUUGCGACCGGUGCGUCGGCCCGGCGACUGGGCCUCCCGGGCGAGGACAAGUACUGGCAGAACGGGAUCUCGGCCUGCGCCGUGUGCGACGGUGCUCUUCCCAUAUUCAGGAACAAGCACCUGGUCGUUAUCGGCGGCGGUGACUCUGCUGCGGAGGAGGCUAUGUUCCUCACCAAGUUUGGAAGCAAGGUCACCGUUCUCGUGCGCAAGGACAAGCUGCGGGCCAGCAGCAUCAUGGCCAAGCGCCUUCUCAGCCACGAGAAGGUCGAGGUCAAGUUCCACACCGUCGGCGUGGAGGUUAAGGGCGACGACAAGGGCCUCAUGAACCAGAUGGUCGUCAAGAAUGUCAACACCGGCAAGGAGGAGACCCUCGAGGCCAAUGGUCUCUUCUACGCCAUCGGCCACGACCCCGCCACCUCUCUUGUCAAGGGCCAGGUUGAGACGGACGAGGCUGGUUACAUUCUCACCAAGCCCGGCACCACGAUCACGAGCGUCGAGGGCUUGUUCGCCGCCGGUGACGUCCAGGACAAGAGGUACAGGCAGGCUAUCACCAGCGCCGGCACCGGAUGCAUGGCUGCCCUGGAAGCUGAACAAUUCCUUUCCGAGCACGAAGAAGCCGCUGCCACUCAGGACCGAAACGCUGGUCUCCGCGGCGCCCAAGUUGACGCCCGUCUUCCUAGUCUCGUUCGGUGGACUGGGCGCGUGACCAAUCCUGGCUCGUUCUCAUGGAAACUCCGCGCAACAAACCCCUCGUUCUUGCUCACUAACAAAGUUUGGGAGCGACAACCAUGCCGGGGCGGAUCCCCGUGGAUUGCAUUUAAACUCAGCCCAAAGGACCAGCCAAAGCCCACCCUUUUCCUCCUCUCACCACUUCAAUCAGCCCAUCUUACCACUCUCCAAAGCCCAAGCUUUGACUCUCUUGCAACACCAAACCUCCUUCGCAACUUGAAAGCAAAUACCGCCAAGAUGGGCCACGGCGAAUACUCGUACAAGAGCUCCGGCACCAACAGAGAGGCAUGUCUCCAUCCUCGCAUUAUUGCUCGCCACAAUCACAACCUGACCAAGCUGGAUGGCUCGUACUACUACUCCAACCCCGAUGGUAGCACCUACCACAACAACGGCGCGGGAGGCUCGACCUACACCUCCCCCAGCGGCGCUUCGUACACCUCCGGCUAUGGAAGCGGUGGGAGCGGUGGUUCCGGGGCCUCCGGCAGCUCUAGCUCCUCCGGGAGCCAGAAGUGA